AUGAAUGGUGAGAAAGAAGAAGACAAUAAAAAGGGGGAGAUUCUGAAGAAAGAGCCAUUGGUGGCUAAUUCGGGUUCAAUUACUUUUUCGGACAACCCACCCAAGAUUACUACUCCAUUACCAUUUCCUCUAAGAUUUCACAAGAAGGCGAUUGAAGAGAAAUUUGUAAAGAUCAUGAAUAUUUUCAAGAAAAUACAUAUUAACAUUCCUUUUGUAGAUUCCCUUGAACAAAUGCCAAACUACGCUAAUUUUAUGAAGGAGGUGAUGUCUAAGAAGCGUAAGUUAGAGGAUUAUGAAAUAGUGAAGCUAACGGAAGAGUGUAGUGCCAUUAUCAAGAGACAAUUAUCGGAAAAGUUGAGUGAUCCAAAAAGUUUUACAAUUCCACAUGUUAUUGGUGAUCUACAUAUUGAGAAGGCCUUGUGUGAUUUGGGUGCUAUUGAUUUUGUUGUGCUUAAUAUGGAGGAAGAUCAAGAAAUUCCUAUAAUCUUGGGAAGACCUUUUCUAGCAACCGGGAAAGCUUUGAUUGAUAUUCAUGAUGGUAACUUGACUUUAAGGGUCAAUGGCGAAGAAGUAAAAUUCAACAUUAGUAAUACUAUGAAGUUUCCCAAGGAGCAAGCGAAUUGUAAGAGAGUGGAUGUGGUUACUCCAUGCUUAAGAGACUUUUUCAAAAUUAUGUUUCAUAAUGAUCCUUUGGAACUAUGUUUGACAACGCCAAUUUCUAAAGAUGACCUUGGGGUGGAUUUGGGCAUGACUGAUGUGGAGGUGAUUGAUAGUGUCUUGGCUUUAGAAGCAUUACCAGUAGAAAAUGAGAUGUCUAAGAAGGAAGAUAUCAUUAAGGCUCCUACUCUUGAUAAUAGCUUGGAAAAAGAAUACUACUAG